AUGGCGAUACAACCAAACCGGAAGCUGCUCACCUCGGCGGCAGCCUUCCUGCUGUUUGCUGCCGCGCUGGUGUUUCUGCUUCGCGACAACCACGACUACCAUCAUGACCAUCACGAGGAGCAAAGCGCCCCCAUCACAGCUGCUGCGGCUGACUCGCGUUUAAGUGAUGGCCAGCCCUCGCUCCUUCAAUGCGACCACAGUGAUUCCAGGUUAAGACAGCGACACUUCUUGCCCCCAGCCCAGCAACACAAGGCGCCUGCAUUGUUGUGGUCUCAGCCGGGCAGCGGAAACACGAUGACUCGUUUGUUGAUCGAGUACGCCACCGGCUACCUUACAGGCUCACCCUAUGGUGACAAGAGCUUGCUGGAUGUGCUGCCGGGCGAAGACACGUGCGACUCAUCAGUGAUUGCGGUGAAGUUGCACCCGUUGAUCAACCCACGACGCACCAACAAGGAGGACCACUACACAGCCACCUUCAAACGGGAGCACGGCGUGUGCGACGGCGUGUCGGUGUUUGCGCGGGCCAUCAUCCUCGUACGCAACCCGCUCGACGCCAUCUGGGCAGACUACCAGCGGUUCAUCUCGGGUAGGAAGGCGGGUGUGCAAGUGGUCGGGCCAGUGAAGCACAUUGAAGUCCAGCGGGAUCCGUCCACGCGGCUACGUACCGGCGUAUACCUUGUGGAGUUUUAUGAGUCCACGCACUCCGAUGGCAUCUUCUGGUUUGUGCUUCGCCAGGACACGUUUGGAAAGCCCGGAGAGAUCAGGCCUUCCAAGUUUGAAGCCUACUCUGGCAAGACUCUGGCCACCAGCUAUGACCUCAAGGAUGCACGCAUCGUACCCCUGGCCAAGCCGCCACGCUCGUUCCAGGUCACUCUCAAGAACGGGAAGAAGCUUGUGUUCCAGCCAGAAAGCGAGUCUGCUGCGGACUGUGCAGAGUGGGUGACAGCACUCCAGAUGGCGGUGAACGGCGCUGUGACGUUCGCAGACGUGCACGAGUCUGGGCAGCUUGCCCGGCGCGCCAGCAGCAAGCAGCAGCGCCUCGCCACCGCUGAGGACAAAGAAGGCAUCGACCUGCCUGAUGACCUGCACGAGGAGUCGGAGGACGAGGAAGAAGAGACGAUGGGCGGUAUUCACGACACAUCAACACCAACACCAACACCAUCAUCAACAACCACAACAACAACACCAGCGUCAUCAACCACCGCCACCGCCACCAGCAGUAGUGGAGAGCAGCGUGUCAAGUCUGGCCCGCGCGUGACGUCGUUCCCCGCCAAACCGGUGCCGCCACACGACCCCGCCGAGGACAGCGAUGACACCGUGCAGACAGCUGGCAUGAGUGAGGACGGUCUGAGUGCACAGAUGUCGACGUUCAGCUUUGAGGAUGAUGGCAGCGACGCGAGCGCGGCUGGCGAUGAUGCAGAUGAGGAGUACAUUGAACACAUUGCCCCAGACCAGUUUGACUUUACAUCCAGGCCGCAGCGGCACGUGACGCCGUCUGGGCGGGCGCUGUACAUCAAAUGCCUCGUACAGCGCCUCGCUGACAUGGCUGCGGGAUACGCUGAGCGGGGGGCGCGAUGGGGCCACCGGUUUGGGUUUGAUGCGGAGAAGCACGUGUUCCUGCCAGAUUCGUGCCAGGCGUUUCUGAGCUCCACCUUCCGCGACACAACAGCCGAGCGCAACGUGUUGUUCAACCACGCUGUGCCCGUCAUCAAGUCGUGGGCUCGCCUCUUCAACAUCACUUUCAGUCUUGUUGACAUGCGUUGGGGCGCAAACCACGAGCUCAGCAGCGAACUCGCCAUCACAGCAUGCAUGUCCCAAGUCAAGGAGUGCGUGCGGAACAAGCGGCCGUCCACGGCGUUCAUUGCGCUGCUGACUGAUCGGUCUGGAUACCGGGUGGUGCCUGCCACCCUCUCCGCCGCCCAGAUGGCCGCUGCACUCAAGAACGAUGCUGCGAAGCCCCUUGUGCAGGCCGCAUACACACUCGACGAGAACACGGAGCCGCCCGUGUACCGCCUGCACCAUGAGCUGGGCAUCCAACACGAUGUUGAGGCGCUGCGGGAUGCGCUGAUUGGCGCCAACAUUGCGGUGCGCACGGCGACGGAGGAGGAAGUGAUCACCGCUCUCGACCACGCGCACUCUCCUGCAAGGCAAGUGCUGUGGCUGCAGCGCUCACUGGUGGAAGGCGAGGCUUCGGACGACGACGCAGACGUCUACUUUGACCUCGAACACGACGAGGAGGUGAACACGACACGCAUCUCUUCAAAGCCGGCACAGGAAAUGGCGCUCUCGACGCUGGACGAGUCGUGCCUGAUGCGGCGGCCAUUCAAGGUGAAGUGGAUCCCGGACGGUCUCGAGGACAACACCGCCUUCAUCGACUACCUCACAGAGCUGUGCGUUGAGACGACCCGCGUUGUCAUCAACCGCAUCGGCGCCUCGUUCCGCUCAGAUCUUCGCCUCGCCCUCCCCGAAUGGUGCCGCGAAGCCGUUGCUCAUGUGCAGCAUGCGCAGGAGCUUGCAGGCAACGCCGUGUCGCGGGAUGCCGUGAUGGCGCAGGUGAUGACAUAUGUCAACGCCUCGACAGCGAGCGGCCCACUGGUGGUGACGGGGCCCUCGGGGUCGGGCAAGUCGACGGUGCUGGCACAGGUCGUGACGGAGCUCGCCAAGGACGACGCAACCGCCGUCAUUGCCCGAUUCGCAGGAUUCACGGCAAAGGCCGCGUCGCUGACGCACACGCUUCGGCUGCUGACUCAGCAGUUUUUGUAUUUGGUGCACCCUGAAAUGGACAGCGAGACGAUUCCCACGGACUUUAGGGCCAUCAUCUCCGUGCUGCCACAACACCUCGCAAACCUCGCAAAACUCGACAAACGCAUCGUGCUGAUCAUCGACUCGCUUGACGAGUACGUGGACGACGAGAACCGGCUGGACGAGCGGGUUGGCCUCGCCGCGUGGUUGCCCACCGUGCUCCCAGACAACGUUCGCCUCAUCGUCUCCGCACGCGAGCACGACCGCGCGUUUGAGCAGCUGUCGGAGCUCGUGCAGGACGACGCCGUUGUCACCCUCGGACCCAUGGACGAGGCAGAGUCCAAGGCGAUGUUUGAGCGCAUUCUCUCGGAGCGCAACCGCAAACUGACGGCAGAGCAACACGACGCCGUGCACAGUGCACUCGCAUCAGCGAGCCCGCUCCCACUCGCGGUCUAUCUCCUCGCAGACACGGCGUGCGAGUGGCGGUCCAGCGACGCCGUGCCGGAGCUGACCACCUCCAUCCUGCCCAUCUUGGACGCCCGUCUGCAGUCCAUCGAGGACAAACUCGGCCAAGUCUUCGUCUCCCGCACACUCGGGUAUCUGACGUGUUCGCGCAACGGGCUCAACGCUGACGAGCUGUGCCUGAUCCUGUCUGCGGACCACGAGGUGAUGGCAUCCAUCUCGCGCCACCACCUCCCGCCCGACGGCACGCUGCCCCAACACCUCAUCUUCAUGCUCAAGAGCGCGCUUGGUGCACAGCUCAACGUCGGCACAGACGAAUCCAUCACAUGGGCGCACCACCAGUACCACCAAGCGGCCGAUCUGCGCUACCUGAGCGACGCCGCACACAAGCGCUCCCUCCAGCAGGCAGCAGGCGCCGUGCUGCUUGAGCAUCUUCGCGAGCGGAUUGUGGAGCGGGAGCGAUCUGGGCAGCCCGGCCCUCCACCGGAGCUGGAACGGUUUGCAGACGUCAUCCCUUGGCUCUUCAUGCAGGCUGGUGACCACGACGCCCUCAGGGAAACACUCAACAUCACACACAUCUUCAUGUUCCUGCAGGACUACCUGUACCAAGACGUCAACUACGAUCUCGCUGCGUACUGGCGCUUUCUCGGCGACUCCCCAGAGGACAUUGUCAGCGGCUUUGCAAACUUGCUCGACGCAGAACACCUUGACGAGGGUAAGGCGCGAUUCCUGCACGUUGGGCUGGCCGGCUACCUCUACUGCGCCGGGCACUACCAGCACGCACUCAACGUCCUCGAGCCGUGCGGCGAGUGGAGGCGGAAGCACUUGGGCGAGCACGACGACACUGCAAUGACAAUCAACUUCCAGGGCAUGUGUGCGCUUGAGCUUGGCGACCGUGCGUUGGCACUGGAGCGAUUUGAGGAAUCGCUUGAAAUGCGCCUGAAACUCGGCAAAACAAAGGAUCUGGGCAAAGCCAUUGCUGCGUCGUACAACAACAUUGCCAUCAUCCACAAGCGCGAGGGCAGAUAUGAACAGGCACUCGAAACAUACAACCAGGCGCUGGAGUUGCAGAAGAAAAUCAACCCCAACGAGGACAAUGUAUCGAUUAUGCAGAUUAUGAACAACGUUGCGAGCGUGCACUCGGUGAUGGGCAACUAUCCAAAAGCAUACGACCUCUACAAGAUGGUGGUGGACCGCAGACGAAAGUACUUUGGUCCCUCUGUGCCGUUGAGUGUGGCGCUGUUCAACCUUGGGCUGGUCGCGUUCAGGCAAGAGCGCUACGGCCUCGCACAAGAGCACAUCCAGGACUGCCUUGAAAUCCGCCUUCGCCUCCUCGGCCCAACACAUCAGAGCACGGCGUCUGCCAUGUCCAUGCGCGCACACGUCUUGCUCAAGACAAAGCAGCCACAGCAGGCCAAGGACAUGUUCCUUCGUGUGCUGCAUGUGCGGGAGAGCUCGGGCAACAAGUCCAUGCUCUGCAUGACAUAUGCCGACGUUGCCCGCGCGUGCACUGCUCUCAAGCACUUUGAAGAGGCGGAGAGUUACUUGGAGAAGAGCAAAGCGCUCUGCAGUUCUGAUCCUCUGGAUCCAAGAAACGCAGACUACGCAGAGGCCGCUGGCGAUCUUGCGUUGGCCAAAGGCGACCGCGACCAAGCGCGGGAGAUGUAUGCCGAAUGCAUCGAUUUGUACAGACACACGUAUGACGCGGACCACCCUCAAGUGCGUCGAAUCCAUGUGAAGCUUGGCUUGACAACACUGGAUGCGUCAACCGAAGUCGUCACUGACAACACCACAGCCGCGUCAGAGGCCUAGUCGUUCCACCCAGCCAAGGCGCAACAACGUGCGUUGCUGUCCUUUGCAUCCUUUUUCGCUGUCCUUCCCACUUAUCGAAGUUUGUUGAUGUUGCCCAAUAAAGAUCGACAUUGCUUGCAAGCAAGCAAAACAGCGCAGCCGUAAUUUUGCCUUUCUUUGUUUGUUUUGUUUUCCCACCACCCCACGGAUACAAGCAAGCGCCAAGCAGG